AUGUCUUCUCCGUCCCAAACAGGCACCUUGUCGCCGUCAUUCUCGGGCUCUUUACCGCUUACAGCUAUCUCAUCCUCAUCCAGUCCUUCUUCGUCGUCAUUCCUUAGUAGUAGCAGCCCAAGCCCAUCGAGCAAUGACAAUAAUGAUGAUGGCAUGCCGCCGAUCUCACGCUCUUCGUCUUUACUGUUCGGCUUUUUGAUUACGUUUCUUGCGCUUUUCGUUGGAUUUAUGGCAUGUGGAUAUUCUUCACGGCGAGCCGCGCAACUUAGACGAGCCGGUGCUAGGACACAGUUCGGGGAUGCUGGUCAUCAUAAAUCUGUGAAAAUGAAGAAGCCACAGUUAUGGGACGUUAGGAUAGCUGAAAAACCCGGGGUGGAAGAGUGGAAAGACAUGACACCUUUAUCUGCAUCUGUAUUGCGACCCAAGAUAAGCAAGAAGCGUUCGACACCUUUACCAAAUGCUGCAUCCGAAGUACCUCCCGCUUUACUUGAACACAAUCCUCCGCAAGAAUAUUCCCCAUCAUUCUUGUUUAGCUCGAGGAGCUUUGGCCGUCCAUUCAACUCCGCACCGCCACCCCCGCCUCCCGCACGACGAUCGCAUCGAUCUACAUCACGGCGGAUCACAACUGCAACUUUCAUUCUACCGCCUUCCGACCUUCCUUCACUUCUACAUCGGGCGAGACUAAGGAACAGGGAUACGAACAGAAACCCAGAACUGGCACCCACCAACACUCCACCUACAAAUAUUGGGGCCAAGCAGCCAAAGGAUGUACAUACACAGGUCUCUGUCUUAAUCGCUAUGCCAAGUCCGACUUCGAGUUCCUCAGCUUUCAAAAAGUCUUGCGCCAAAUCGAUAAGCGACGAAGAGGACGAGAUCGUCGAAAUCGAGAAAGCUCGACUUUUAGGAGACUACGAGAUUGGCGUCGCGCGCGUCCGUAUAAAGGGAUCGAGCGACCAAACUGAAUCUUAGGGUUUGGUGGACUAGGUUGUUCCCGUUUCAGUAUUUUCUCAUUUAUCCACUCUUUCUCUUUUUCAUUCUUGCUUUCCCGUAUAUGUUUACUGUUGUAUUGCAUACUUGUUGUGUUGGCAUCGCUAUUUUAUGCUUUCCUUCUUCGCACUUUCCCUACAUUUUACAUUGCAAUGACACUACCCUUGGUUAU